GAGGGAAGCGCGAGCGUGUGUGCGUGAGUGAGACGUCAGCCCUGGCUCAGCCUACCGAGAGGCGCUGUACUUUCAGCCCAGUGGAGGUGGGAGGAAUAAUUUAACUGCGGUUUAAAUAGCAGAAGCAGUCUUGAGCAGCGAAAUCCAAGAUCAGAUGCCAGGAGAGAGUAAAGAGAUUACCGACUAUGUUUGAUUUGAGACACAUAAACGGAACAGAACAGCAGCUGUAGGACGUUUAGUGGAAACUCGGAUGGCGGAAAGGUCCUAAAGCAAGAAGCGACGCCAAUAAUAAUAAUAAUAUAAUUUACAGACCAUGAACUAUGUGGGUCAGUUGGCGGGCCAGGUUUUUGUGCAGGUCAAGGAGCUGUAUAGAGGCCUCAACCCUGCAACGCUGUCUGGAUGUAUAGAUGUCAUCGUGGUCCGGCAGCCUGAUGGCUCCCUUAAAUGCUCCCCCUUCCAUGUCCGCUUCGGCAAGAUGGGCGUACUGCGGUCCCGUGAGAAAGUGGUGGACAUAGAGAUCAAUGGAGAGCCAGUGAGCUUGCAUAUGAAACUGGGAGAGAAUGGGGAGGCCUUCUUUGUUAAAGAGACUGAGAACACACUGGAAGUGGUUCCAUCCUACCUGGCGACAUCACCCAUCAUGUCCACGGGGGUGGAGUUAAUGGAGUCCCAACUGGGCAGGGGCAGUUCUCGUCAUCAUGACACCAUCCCCUGUGCCUCACUACCUGUUCAGAGCCUUGGGCUGCAGCAAAGUGAUGUAGGGAUGACCAAAAAGAGGAGGAAAAGGAGAAGGAAGGCACGGCCAGAGGGAGGAGGAGGAGGGAGGAGAGAGGAGAGUGGGGAGGAGUUCUCAGAGGAUGAGGACAUGUUUACCAUCGACUUGAGCUCAGAUGAGGACAAAGAGGGGGACGGUGGCGGUAUCAGACCUGCGUAUGGUGAUCAGGAGUCUACAGCUAAUACACACCCCAGCACUGAUUGGAGCCGUUCACAGAGUAAUGUGAUCAAGGAGACUCUCUCCAUCCUCCCGUCCUGUGGUCUGUCCAUCUCUUGUCCUCAGCAGAUCUCUCACUUCUCUUCCCAUGUUAGCCUUGAUGAUUCACGGUCAUCAACACCGAAGAGUGAUUCUGAGCUAGCCAAUCAGAGUAAAAACAACCCAGAGAUACUGUGGACUUGGGGGGAACUUCCACAGGCUGCCCAGCCAUCUUUCCUGACCGCCCACCAGAAGCAGGACCCCGCCACAACAGUCUCCAUCCCAGUGUCAUCCAGCACUCACUUCAGAGCCAUCAAUGACUCUGGACCCCCCUCCCUCACUCUCUACAUACCCCAGUCAGAGGAGACUACUGCUCACAGCGAGGGCAAGGAUGCUGAAGAGAGCCAGAUUGAAGCCAUGGUUGAACUAACUACUCAGACUAUGGACAGGGCUGGAGUCACAGAGGUAGAAAGUGUCGGAGCGUCAUGUGCAGAGAUGGAAGGUUUAACAGCCUGCUCAGUGACACCCAGGAUUAUCACUGAUCAUUUGGAUGAAGGUGGGAGUAGAGGAAGUCCCAUCAGAAGAACUGAUUCACCAUCUAAGAAGAAAGAAAAGAGAAGCCAACACCUGGGUGCUGAUGGUAUAUACCUGGAUGACAUUACAGCGCUGGAGCCUGAAGUAGCUGCUCUCUACUUCCCUAAAAGUGAUGGAGGCAGUAGCUCAAUGAAGGGGGACUCAGAGAUGAUGAUGAUGAUGGGUGUGCGGAGCGCAAAUCAGUCCCCACAGUCAGUGGGCAGCAGUGGGAUGGACAGUGGUGUGGACAGUUUGUCGGACCAAAUGGGGGACCUGCCUCAUGUUGCCAUCUCUUUGUGCGGAGGGCUCACUGACAACAGGGAGAUCACAAGAGAGGAGUUCCAGGAGAGGGCAGUUUCCUUCCAGCAGUUCUCUGAAAACCCUUCUCUCAUUGAUGAUCCAAACCUGGUGGUCAAGAUAGGAAACAAGUACUACAACUGGAGCACAGCAGCUCCUGUCAUGUUGGCCAUGCAGGUGUACCAGAAACCUUUGCCACAGGCCUCAGUGGAGAACAUCAUGAAGGAGAAGAUGCCAAAAAAAGGAGGGCGCUGGUGGUUCUCAUGGAGAAGCAGGAACAGCGACUCCAAAUCAGAAUCAGUGACAGAGGCAGGAGAAGACCAGGGUGAGACCUCACUUACCAUGGAUCCAGUGAGCAGGAUGAAGGAUGAGUCAUCUUCUAGUGAUGAGGACCACAGAUCACCCAAUCAGGUGUCUGGAUCCUGCCAGUCAGAGGCGCUCAUGAGUUCUGCCAGCGUUUAUUAUAAGAAGACUCUUCGCCUCACAUCAGAGCAACUGGCUAGCCUGCAACUAAAGGAGGGUCCUAACGAUGUGGUGUUCAGUGUAACAACACAGUAUCAAGGUACCUGUCGCUGCCAUGGCACAAUCUACCUUUGGAGCUGGGAUGACAAGAUAGUUAUCUCAGAUAUAGAUGGAACCAUCACCAGGUCAGACACCCUGGGUCACAUCCUCCCCACACUGGGGAAAGACUGGACCCAUCAGGAUAUUGCACGACUCUACCACAAAGUCAACCAGAAUGGAUAUAAAUUCAUGUACUGCUCUGCAAGGGCCAUUGGCAUGGCUGAUAUGACGCGAGGCUACCUGCACUGGGUCAAUGAGAGAGGAACCAUGCUGCCAGUGGGUCCAGUGCUGCUUAGCCCCAGCAGUCUAUUUUCUGCCUUGCACAGGGAGGUGAUAGAGAAGAAACCAGAGAGGUUUAAGAUUGAGUGUCUUUCAGACAUCAAACACCUUUUCUACCCAAACACUGAGCCUUUCUACGCUGCUUUUGGCAACAGAGCUACGGAUGUGUAUUCCUACAAGGAGGUGGGUGUUUCUCUGAACAGGAUUUUCACUGUCAAUCCAAAGGGGGAGCUGGUACAGGAACAUGCCAAAACCAACAUUUCCUCCUAUGGGCGUCUAUGUGAGAUGGUAGACCAUGUCUUCCCAGUCCUACUCCGAGAUGAUGGAGCAGACUUCCCCUGUACUGACACCUUUAACCAGUGCAAUUACUGGAGCAAACAACUUCCUGAUGGCACCAGCCAGGAAGAAGAAGACCUACAGCACCUUGAAACAAGCUGAGAAAACCCUGCUAAAUCCAGCUGGUCUCCACAUCGCGGUCAGGCACCACAUUGUGGUCAGUGGUUAUGUGAUUCAUUGUGAAUCCUGCAGCUCAGAUUAGGAGUGAAGAUGUUGCAUUUUAUCAACUGAUUUCAGAAAAGGCUCAUCCAAGAACUCUGUGGGGAAACAACUAAAACACUAGACAUGAUACAUGCUCUGCAGGUCCUUUAAAGCUCAGAGACUUCAGAUAAAUAUCUAUGACUACUGAUCCAAAGUGGAUGAAUGUAUUUUCAGUUAUCCCACAAACCCAAAUCACUGUGCCAUUAUUGAACAGCAAGAACACACUAUAAUUCUCCAAGGUAGGAAGCCAUAUUUAUAUCUACUGGGGUGUUUAAGAGGAUAAAAAACUAACUGAGGGACAACGACUUCAAAAGCAGUACAAAAAUGAAAAAAUAGGAAACCUGGGGGUUUAUUAAAAACAAGAGUGCUGUGUCAGAGAAAAAGAAG